CCCGAUUCAUGCGAGCCGACAACCGGCGUCAGCGUGGCAUCUGACGUUAACACGCGUUCAAACUCGUUACCGGAUUUUUUUUACCUCUUUCUUUCUUCCUUUUUUUUGCCCUUUUUUUUUUGUACAAGUGAUGUUACGAACGAUGACACACGUUACCGUUUACGCGCGCAUGCACUUUUUCUAUUACGGUAUCGCGUACCUGUGUUAACGUCAGAUGACAGGUUGUCGUUGAAGCGACUUUUUCGCCGACAGUUCGAACUUUCUUCUUCAUUUCUUUAUCGUUCGAAGGCUUUAUCUCUGUUUAUGGAAAUUUUGAGAAACGAGCGAUAUUUUCAUAUCUUUUAUGUAUAUUCGUAAUCGCUGAAGAUUGAAUAACAAUGAUUGAUGUUAAGAUAUGAAUAACGUAUAAUGUGAAAUAAUUAUGCAUAAUAUUAUAAUUUCUUCAUUUCUUUAUCAUUCAAAGUGUCUCUGUUUAUGGAAAUUUAAGAAAUGAGCAGUAUUUUCAUAUCUUUUAUAUAUGUUCGUAACCACUGAAAAUUGAAUAACAAUUGAUGUAACGAUAUCUAAAGAUAUGAAUAACAAUUAAUGUAAGUGAGAUAAUUAUGCAUGAUAAUUUCUUCAGCGAUUAUAAACAGUAAUAUUUAUACUCUGAAAUGAUUGCAUGUAAUCUUGAAAAUUUUGAUGACAAUAGGAUGCGUCAUGUAAAAUCAAAGCAGUUAUGUAACGUGCAACUGCUUCAUCACUUUAUUUCAGUGGCUUCCCUUUUCUCGUGAAAAGUUAAUGGUUGCAAACACAUGGUCGGUUGCAUUUUACUUUGUGUUCAUGAUAUAUCGAUACAUUUGUCGUAGAUUGGAACCGUGUCAUAGUUCUAGCAAUGAGACGAUAGAAGAUGAUGACGAAGUAUUCAGCAGCGAAGACGAGGAGCAGGAGGAUAGCAGUGAUUAUUGUAAAGGUGGAUACCAUCCUGUGAAAAUAGGAGAUCUCUUUUUAAAUCGAUAUCACGUUACCCGUAAGCUCGGUUGGGGUCACUUCUCCACUGUAUGGCUCUGUUGGGAUUUACAGGAUAAACGUUUUGUGGCGCUUAAAAUCGUGAAAUCCGCAUCCCAUUUUACUGAGACUGCGUUGGAUGAAAUUAAAUUAUUAAAAGACGUGCGCGAUACAGAUCCCACUGAUCCUAAGCGCAAUAAGACCGUCCAGUUGCUCAAUGACUUCAAGAUCAGCGGCAUUAAUGGUCUGCAUGUUUGCAUGGUAUUCGAAGUGCUUGGACAUAAUCUUCUUAAAUUGAUUAUUAAGUCAAAUUAUAGAGGUAUUCCAAGGAAUAAUGUAAAACGCAUCAUCAGACAAGUCCUCGAAGGUCUCGAUUAUCUUCAUAAUAAAUGUAAGAUUAUCCAUACAGACAUUAAACCUGAAAAUGUUCUUGUAUGCGUCGACGAGACUUAUAUACGAAAAUUAGCUUGCGAAGCGACAGAAUUGCAUUCGAUGGGAGCAAAGUUACCCGUGUCCCUGAUUUCUACCGCACCGAAGGAAUUCCAAGAACCCAUACCAAAUUCUAAAAUGUCCAAGAACAAGAAGAAAAAAUUAAAGAAGAAAGCCAAGCGCCAGAACGAACUCUUGAAGAAACAGAUGGAACAGAUUGAGGAAUUAGAAGAGCAAAGUAAACUCGCGAAUAACACGAGAGAGAACGGAGAGGUUGAAACGAAUAGCCUAGAUCAAGAUCUUAAUACGGAAAGCAUAGAGGACAAUACGGAGAGUAAAGGUUCGCCCGACAUUUCGGAACCGUCCGCGCCUUCCUUACACAUGAACGGAGUAGACGGUUUAGCGGGCGGCGAGAAAAUACAGAGUCCGUCGCCCGAGCAAGAAUCCGAAAAGAUGGACAAUGUGACUCUGUGCGAUGUGGAGAAAAGCUGCGGCGAAGGUGUUCUACCACCGGAUGCCGAGGAUACUGAUGAAUGUAGCGAAAGCCGUAGGUCGUUUAAUCCACCGGAGAGCAAGCAGUUGAAACGAACCUUCGUAUCGCCAUUGGAUCCUGCCAUAAUGGAAUGCGAGGUCGACGUGAAGAUAGCGGAUCUCGGAAACGCGUGUUGGGUUCAUAAGAAAUUCACGGAUGACAUUCAGACUCGUCAGUACAGGUCGCUUGAGGUUCUGUUAGGCUCCGGAUAUGAUACCUCUGCUGAUAUAUGGUCCACCGCUUGCAUGGCGUUCGAAUUGGCGACUGGCGAUUACCUUUUUGAACCGCACAGUGGUAAAGAUUACUGCAGAGAUGAAGAUCACUUGGCUCAUAUAAUCGAGUUGUUGGGAGAAAUACCGAGACGUAUUGCUCUCGGGAAGAACUCAAAGAUAUACUUUAACAAAAAGGGUGAACUGAAGCAUAUUACUGGGUUGAAACCGUGGGGGCUAUACGAAGUACUGACGGAGAAGUAUGACUGGACGCCGAGCGAAGCGCGUGAGUUCGCAGAGUUCCUAACACCGAUGCUCGAAUUUAAUCCGAGCAUGCGAGCCACUGCAGCCGAGUGCCUGAAGCAUCCGUGGCUGCAAAUCAAAAAGUGAUCGCGUUUUUUAUUGUUUUAUCUGUAAUAUUCUCACUCCGCUCCCUUGAAUUUUCACCCCAGUCCCAGACCGCCCGGUUAUCGCGAUUGUAAAUCGAGAGUGUGAUAGGAAGCCGAAAAUACUUGCGAACGUCAGGUGUGUUAUUUCGCGUACUGAAAAUUAUUAAUUCCGCGAGCCAAUUUGCGUAAGAGCAAGUGCAUCGUAUCAAGAACGCGCACACAGACAUACAUACUCACACAUACACAUGUACACAUUAGAAAACUGUUUGAUAUACGAAUUACGGGAACGAAUUGUAUCAUAUGUUGUUAUAUUAAUCAUACGAAUGUGUCUCCGUGUGAGGAAAUGCUACGAAACCGAAAAAGUUUCAAGAAGAUUGUUAUAUAUCCUUUACAAAAUGGUGAUUUGACAAUAUCGCGAAAGUCGCCUCAAGGAAACAACUUUCGAACGUAAAUGUAACGAGAGCGAAGUGUCGCAAAAUCCGGAAAUCAUUGAAGAAGAUCUUGCAACAUUCCGCUGAUUUCCAUAUAUAAAUAACGGCCGCGCGCGUGCUUCCUAAUAAAACACUCUCAAACGUCAUCGGCUGAUCAUUUGUGUGAUUGUAAUACACUUGUUACAUCGUGUUUUUAAUUAGUGAUGAGAGAAAACUUAAAUUAAAAAAAUUUCAUAGUAUACUUUAUAUACAUAUUACUUUUCGUAUUCUCGUGUCGCAUUCUUCGUACUCGUCAUUUAAUUUAUCUAAUGAAUAUUCCAAGAAUCGUGGGAUCUACUCGUAAUGCACUGUGCGAAAAGGGGCUUAUUGGUGGACUCAAUAACGUGUUCGGUUUAAAAUUAGGACUCAUCGCCUUGACUCAGUUAUCUGUAUAUACUUUUAUAUAUUACAUACACCGGUCGCUGUAAAUUCUUGCCAACAAACUUGUCGAGAAAUCGUAACAGGACAGAAAUGACUAAUUAAUAUUUUAUGUCUACCUCAAUAUACGUGAACCGGUUAGAAAUACUCACAAACAUACAUAUGCAACAAGAAACUGUUCACGUAUAAAUUGAAAUAGAUUGAUUUAUAUAUUGUAAAAUAAUUAAGAGUUGGUCACCAGAUUCUUGGGAUAUUACAACUAUUUUGGGCACUAAUUGGAAUAAGACAAUAUGUAUGCACACUCAUAUUUUUAUGAUACAUUUUCUAACCGUUUAGUUUAUAAAAUUCGCGAUGUAUAUUAAACAAUAUUAUUUUUAUUUAUCGACAAAAAUAUUAAAAAUCAAAUUUUUUUAGCAAUAAGCAUCAAUAGGGCUGUGUGUCUAACAUAUAUGUUACAUAGUAAUAUUUAUAUACUUACUGUAAGCACAGCUUACAUAUAUGUGGCAAUAAAACUAACGUCAUUAUAUGUAUGUAGUAUUUACGAUUUACACGUGAAAGAAAAUGCAAUUUGUCUUGUUCCGUUGUGCCCUGCAAUAACGAUAUACGAUUUCUAAUAAACAUUUCUGUUAUAAACUCGUUUAUGUCGCUCCAAUGCGAACACCAUAUACAUAAUGUACAACUACGAAAAAGAGUAUCUAUAUCGCAGAUAAGGUCUUGGUGAACACAAUGAACGAGAAAAAGAAACGUUAAUUUUUGUGCGAACCCCCUUACUACGUGAAUAUUGACUGACUACUGAAGCUCUCUGCCGAUAUAAUAAUUGUCUUCUAUUUUAUAAACGAGAAAGCGAAGCAGUACGUUCCACCGAACCCUUUGGGCGUCGCGCAUACUUUCUUAUGUCGACGAAUUCAAUUCAUGCUUCCCGCAGAAUGUUCUGUUUCGCUUCGCCUGCCAGUCUAAGGUCACAUUUCAUAGGAAAAAAAAAGAAAAAAAACAAUCUUGAAUUAUGGAGAUGCGUGCGUAUGUGGAAAUCGUCAUAAUGUAUAAAUAUUUUGUCACUCACUGCAGUUACAUAUUUCUUCUCGGGUAAAAGAGGAAAAUACUUCCGUGAAAAUAUAUUAUCUAUUUUUUAACAUUA